UGUAUAUAUAUAUAUAUAUAUGUGCGUGUGUACAUGCGUGUGUGUACAUAUGUGUGUGUGUGUGUGUUUAUAUGUACCUGACAAAAAAGGGGGAGGCUUUGUUGCGGUCAAUCAAUUCAUCUAUUUUCCGAUAAUUUCUUUAAUUUUGUUGUAUUGAUAAAAAGCCCUUUAUCUUGGUUCAUUUUUUUUAUGUAUUAGUUACUCUGUGCUUUUCAUUUUCUUGAGUUGAGUCUAUCAUUUUGUCUAUGAAUUUCAUGCUUACUGUGUUGUCUUGCAUUCCAAUUAUAGUAAAUGAUGAAAAUACGGAAAAAGGCUUCCGCGAAUGAAUUUCCGCAGCUGAAUGAACGAACUAUUUCGAAAAAUCCAUCUUUACUCCUUUUUUUGGGAUCUUUCAUUGAUCACAAAAAAGGGGGAAAACAAAAGAGAAAAAGAGUGAAAGAGAGAAAGACUGUUGUAAUCAUUAUUGACUAUUUCUGUUUUAUCUGUGGAUUGAUUGAUAUUUCCUUGAUUGCUGCGGGCGCACGCGUUGACAAUGAAAGAAAGAAAGAAAUUGAUAUGAAUUGUUUUUAAUUGAAAUAAAAAAGCAAGGAGAG